AUGGCCGGAGGCGCCCUCACGGCUCUUUGCUACGCCUGCUGCCCCUUUCUCUCAGAUGCUACGGCUUGGAGAAUUGAAGUCUUGAGCCCUCGAGAAGCGCUGGCGCUGAGUGUCACCGUUUUACUGGCCAUUGCAGCGCUGCUGUUCCGGUUGGCCAGUGGGCAGAACAUCCAGGUCGAGUUGACCCGUUGGUCCAAGGAAGACUGGCGAGAGUCCAUCUGCUUGGUAACACAGGUGGGGAUCGAAUACACCGGUGACUGCAAUCUGCACGACGACAGGUUGCCGUUUGAUUAUGGCAAAUGGCCUCCGGUGAAAAAAAGCAACGCUGAGGCGCCAGACUAUGACUACGCAGAGUGCCCUAAGGCGCUGACAUGCUCUGCGGAGAGCCCCGCAGUUCCCGAGCUUGCGGUGCUCACAGCACCGCCCCGGCAGGGGAUCAACAUGCCGAGGUACAACCUAGCAGUCACACUAGCCAUGGUGCAGCGGGGCCAGGGAGCCUGA